AUGUCUGUCCCAGGCGGCCCGGGGACAGGCAAAUCUACACUAAUUCAUGCAUUGUCCGAGUAUUUCGAAGAGACAGGACGUGGACAUAUGCUACUCAAAGCAGCGCUCAUGGGCAUCGCAGCAAUCAACAUCGGUGGUGUAACAAUUCACUCUCUUUUGAAAUGGAUCCAGAAAAGGAGAACAAACAAGACGGGCGAUUCUGAUAACUUUGGGGCAACAAGAAAAAAGAGCAAAGCUCGCAAUGCAAAGGCUGGGAAUCGGGGCGUGGAACACGACUGGCGGCACGUUGUAUAUCUCUUUAUCGAUGAGAUGUCGAUGGUCGGUCUCAGCCUUCUCGCCGAGCUGGCCAAAGUAAUGACGAUGGGA